AUGUCGUCUGAGGCUGAGAUAGUCGGCUCCGAGACCUGGUCCACAGCAUCUGCACAGGAUGAACGGGCAUGGUCUGGCACAACAAAGCAACUCGACCCGGUCUUCGAGAAGGAGAGAGACUCUACAGGUAUCCCGGAGGAGGACAGGGUGAAAAUUGGAAUUCUCGCUAGGCAGCUAACGAAUGCCUCAACCAAGACGGGGGUGCACGGAGCAGUGUCCAAUCCCUUUAAGGGCUCCAACGACCCCAAGCUUGACCCGUUCUCCAAAGAAUUUAGCCCCAAAAAAUGGGUGGAAACAGUCCUUCAUCUGAAUUCUCAAGACCCAGAGCGCUAUCUACCCCGAAAGGCAGGGUUUUCUUUCCGUAAUCUCGGUGUUCACGGAUUUGGCAGCCCAGUCAGCUAUCAGAAGGACUUCCUAAACGUUUUUCUACAACUGGCGGACAUCGUGACUGGUCUCAUCAAUCGCAAAGAUCAGAAAAUCCAAAUCCUGCGCAACCACAACGGUGUACUCCGAAAUGGCGAGAUGCUUCUUGUCCUGGGGCGGCCAGGCAGUGGAGUGUCAACCUUCCUCAAGACAGUCGCAGGACAAACAAAAGGUCUUUUUUUGGACGAAGCUUCGGAAUUUAACUAUCAAGGCAUUCCCCGCAAGAAGUUCCGAGGAGAAUUCCGUGGGGAUGUUAUUUACCAGGCUGAGACUGACACCCAUUUCCCAAAUCUGACUGUUGGCCAAACGCUUCUGUAUGCGGCUUUAGCGAAGACUCCUCAAAACCGGCUUCCCGGUGUGUCUCGGGAUGAAUAUGCCAGACACAUCCGGGAUGUCACCAUGGCAGUCUUUGGUCUUUCGCAUACAAUGAACACCAAAGUUGGCAAUGACUUUGUCCGUGGUGUUAGUGGUGGUGAGCGAAAGAGAGUCAGCAUAGCCGAGGUUUGCUUGGCACAAAGUCCAAUCCAAUGCUGGGAUAAUAGCACACGAGGAUUGGAUAGUGCCACUGCAUUGAAGUUUGUCCAGACUCUACGCUUGUCAGCAGACAUCACAAACAUGGCAACAGUUGUAGCCUUAUAUCAGGCUUCCCAACAAUCUUAUGAGACUUUUGACAAAGUUGCCGUGCUAUACGAGGGUCGACAGAUUUAUUAUGGACCUGUUCAUCUGGCCAAAGAUUACUUCGUGAAUCUUGGCUACCACUGCCCAGACCGACAGACAACUCCGGAUUUCCUGACUUCUCUCACGAAUCCGGUUGAACGGGUAGUGAGAUCUGGAUUUGAAGCUCAAGUGCCCCGAUCUCCGGAUGACUUUGCAAAGGCGUGGGAAGAAAGUGCACUUUACAAGGAGCUAAUGCGGGAUCUCGCGGAAUUUCACAAUGAACAUCUAGUGGGAGGGCCGGCAGUUGAGAGUUUCAAAGAAUCCCGGCAAGCUGAAAAGGCUUCUUGGAUGACACCGAACUCGCCAUACACAAUUUCAGUCCCAUUGCAGGUACUUCUCUGCAUCCGCAGGGGAUUCCGCCGAAUUCAAGGCGACAUGACUUUCUUUAUCAUCACGGUCGGUGGAAACUUGGUGAUUUCAUUGCUUCUAGGCAGUGUUUUCUACAUGCUACAGGAUACAAGCGCCAGUUUCCAGAGUCGUUGCAUUCUUUUGUUUUUUGCGCUGCUAUUUAAUGCUCUCAACAGUUCUUUGGAGAUUUUAUCACUGUAUGCACAGCGCCAAAUCGUCGAAAAGCAUGCCACCUAUGCUUUCUACCAUCCAUUGUCCGAAGCAAUGGCAUCUAUGAUCUGUGACCUUCCCUCCAAAAUGAUAUCCACAAUCGCAUUCAAUAUCCCACUGUAUUACAUGGGAAAUUUGCGAACCGAACCGGGCCACGUCAUCACAUACUUGCUAAUUGCCUUUUCCUCAACCCUUGUCAUGUCAAUGAUCUUUCGCACGAUCGGCCAAACAACUCGAACAAUUGCGGAAGCCUUGACGCCAGCGGCAUUGAUGGUCAUUGCUAUGGUUCUAUACACAGGCUUCAUCUUACCCAUCCGCAACAUGCAAGGUUGGUUGCGAUGGCUUAAUUACAUUAACCCUCUUGCAUAUUCCUACGAGGCGCUGAUUGCAAACGAAUUCCAUGGCCGCAACUUCGAAUGUGCAAAUUUUAUACCAGCUGGACCUAUGUAUCAGAACAUAACUGCUGCGGAUCGGACGUGUGCAGUGGUUGGUGCUUCGGCUGGGUCAUCUGUGGUCAACGGAGAUCUCUAUAUUGCUAUGAGCUAUGGGUAUUAUUACUCACACGUGUGGAGGAACUUUGGUAUCCUUGUUGCUUUCAUGAUAUUCUUCAUGAUUGUCUAUCUACUGUCAGCUGAGUACAUCAGCUCAGACGUAGGUAAAGGAGAGAUUCUUAUUUUCCAGCGCCGGCAUUUCUCUGCUAUGAAAAAGAAGCAAAGAACGGAUCUUGAAGUCGGAUCUCCAGCAUCACACGAGGAAUACAAGCAAGAUGAAACCAACGGAGAGGCAUCGAAUGGCAUCACGGCGCAAAAAAACAUUUUCCAUUGGCGAGAUCUUUGCUAUGAUAUUACAAUCAAAGGUCAAACGAGAAGAAUCACCGAUCAUGUUAACGGCUGGGUCAAGCCAGGAAAACUGAAGGCUCUGAUGGGCGCAUCGGGUGCAGGCAAAACUACAUUGCUGGAUGUACUAGCCAAUCGAGUGACCAUGGGGGUCGUGACGGGUGGAAUUUACAACAACGGUCUUCCCCGAGAUGCCUCUUUCCAACGUCGAAUUGGGUAUGUUCAGCAGCAAGAUCUGCAUUUGGAGACUGCCACUAUCAGAGAAGCAUUGGAAUUCAGUGCUUUCUUGAGACAGCUUGCGCAUGUCAGCAAGGCUGAGAAGCUCCAAAGUGUCGAGGAAAUUCUGGAUCUGCUUGAAAUGAGAAGUUACGCCGACGCUAUCGUUGGCGUUCCAGGCGAAGGGCUGAAUGUCGAGCAGAGGAAGCGACUGACGAUCGGUGUGGAGCUAGCAGCGAAGCCCGAUCUUUUGUUCUUCCUUGACGAACCAACGUCCGGACUCGAUAGCCAGACUGCAUGGUCAAUUUUGCUCCUUCUGCGGAAACUCACAGACCAUGGGCAAGCCAUUCUCUGCACGAUUCAUCAGCCCUCAGCAAUGCUCUUCCAACAAUUUGACCGUCUGCUUCUUCUCGCGUCUGGUGGUCGCACAGUUUACUUUGGCGAUAUCGGUGAGAACUCAAAGACAAUGACCGAGUAUUUCGAGCGUCAUGGAGCGGAUGAUUGCGAAGAAAGUGAUAAUCCCGCAGAAUGGAUGCUCCGUGUUAUUGGCGCUGCCCCGGGCAGCGCGACAAAGAUUGAUUGGCCAGCCACCUGGCUCGGUAGUCAGGAAUACGCCAGUGUCAAAGAGGAACUGAUCUCCUUAGAGCACAAAGAUAGUUUGGAGACUACUUCUUCUGCCGAUCCCUCCCUCCAGUUUGCCAGUCCCUUCCAUGUCCAGCUCUGGACCUGUACAAAGCGGGUUUUUGAGCAAUACUGGAGAACUCCUUCUUACAUUUAUUCGAAAUUGAUCAUGUGUUUUGUCACUGCUUUGUUUAUUGGACUUUCCUUCCUACAGACAGAAAUUACCGAGCUGGGACUACAGCACCAAAUGUUCGCCGUUUUCAUGCUUCUCGUUAUCUUCCCAUUCUUGGCAUAUCAACAGAUGCCAAAUUACAUCCUGCAACGUGACCUUUAUGAAGUCCGGGAGCGUCCAUCCAAGACCUACUCCUGGAUAACCUUCAUACUAGCCCAGAUCAUGGUCGAGAUACCGUGGAACUCACUGGCUGCAUUGGUCACUUUUAUUCCAUUCUACUACCUGAUUGGCAUGAAUCACAAUGCUGCACUAUCCCAUCAAACAACCGAGAGAGGCGGCUUGAUGUUUCUCCUUAUCUGGGGCUUCCUCAUGCACUGCGGUACAUUUACGACGAUGGUAGUAGCUAGUGCCUCCACAGCAGAGAUCGGGGCAAUUCUAGCACUGCUUCUGUUCGUGUUUUGCCUGAUAUUCUGCGGAGUCAUGGCAACCCCAGCAAGCCUACCUGGCUUCUGGAUUUUCAUGUACCGUGCCUCUCCCCUGACCUACAUCAUUAGCGGAAUGAUGUCCAGUGGACUCGCCAAUAUCGAUGUGCAAUGCUCAGACAUUGAGACUACCCUAGUUCAGCCACCUAGCGGGCAAACCUGUGGAAGCUAUCUAGGGGCAUAUAUGAAGAUUGCUGGAGGUGCGGUAUACAAUCCUGAUGCCACAUCUGAUUGUCGAUUCUGCGCCAUUGUCGACUCUAAUGUGUUUUUGCAAUCGGUUUCAUCUUCCUACAGUGACCGCUGGAGGAACUUUGGCUUGAUUUGGGUGUAUGUGGCUUUUAAUGUGAUUGCUACAUUGAUCCUUUACUGGUAUGUGCGGGUCCGUGGUAGCCCGGGUCUGUCGCAUGUGGCAGUUUGGGCGCAAAAAGCUUCCAAGUACCUUUCAUGGAAGAAAGCGCAGUGA